UACCCUACUAUUCGGGCCAGCGCCAGCCUCGUACAAGUACAGCGAUUGAGAGAGCUCGAGCGGUGGGAUUGCAGAGAUGGCCAUGUCUUCAUCUGAAGCGGCAAACUCCAGCUCCAAAGUUGGGCCUAAAUCUGGAGGUGGAAAAACUGAAGCGCUUGUUGGUAAACUAGAUCCCAGUGUUGACCCGAUGAUCAUUAAAUCAACUUUGAAGACCAUUAGAGAGAAAAUUCACAGUUCCAAGCAAUUUUACAAAGAGUUUCUAGUCAAGUUUUAUUCAUCGGAUGGAGGGAGCAAACUGCUUGAAAUCUUGAAAGAAAAGACUGAAGAUGAAGAGCUUGUUGACCUUUCUGUCAGUGUAUUGGCUACUUGUUGUUUAGAUCAAAACAAUGCUGAGCAGGUCAAAGAUUGUUCUGGAAUUGCAAUUAUUGCCUCAGUCCUCCGGCAUUAUUCAAAAUCCUCCAUCAGCAUUACAAACAGAUGUGCAAGGGCUCUUGCUAAUCUUGCCCGAAGCACAGACAUUGAGGAUAACCUGGAAGAAGAUGUCAUACCAAUCCUGGUUCAUGCGCUCGAUGUCACUGAAGAUAGUGGCUGUUGCCAUAGCCUGCUCCGAGUCCUCAAGAUAUUUGCCUCAAGUAAAGACAAAACUAUCUUAUGGAAUAUCAUUGGAUGUGGAGGACUGCGUGUUGUUUGUGAAAAGUCCAAGUCAAAAGAUAGCAAGCUUGUUCUCUUGGCCGCUGAAACUGCUGUAGCCCUCACUGCACCAUUUGACAAACGGAAGUUACGCUGUGCCCUGACACUACCUGCAGCUGCGGCAAAUCCUGUUCUGGAGAAUGAUAGUCUGUCCAAUCUCUUUGACCUUCUAUCACACCAUAAACCAGAGGUACAAUAUAACUCUUGGGAGUGCAUUGGAAAUCUGAUGUCCAGUGACAUUGGAAGAGCAGCACUUGGGAAUGCAGGAUUCGUGAAGUUUUACCUGGCAACGGCCAAGAAUGAGGACGUCAAGAAAUCUGUCAGGGAACGAUGUGCCCAGUACCUUUGCCUCUGCUGCCAGGAAUCUGUGAACAGAGCCAAGAUGUCAGAACUUGAUGGUUUACAGUUUCUCAUUGAUCUUAUAAGUGGUGAUUCAGAUUCUCUUCCAGAUGUCCCUUCUGCUCUGGUGAUUGCUGCCAUAGCUGAAUUUCGUUAUGAUGCCAGUUCUAUGGAGCAGUUUGCUAACAAUAAUCUUGUGAAGGUACUCAUUCAACAUCUUCAGAAGAAAGUAAAGGAACAAAGAGAGCAACCAGAUGAAGAUGAAGAAAAGGCAUCAGGAUUGGAAGAAGAUGAAUCUAUGGAGAGAGGAGCCAGAAAAAGAAAGAGAAAAAGACCAAGGGGGAGCUCAAAGAGAACCAGACUCGAUUCUGAUUUGGAAGAUUCUGAUACUCACACUGGUAUUGAAAUUGACAAACAUCUCUUGAAUCCAACAAUAACGAUUCCUCAGCCACUGACCAAAGAUUGUGAUGAUGGUUUAUCACCGCAGUAUUCAGCCCACUGGUAUCCAGAGAGCCCAAGGCUUUCACCACCCCCUCAGAACUUAGCAGGGUCAUCACCAUCAAAGUAUUAUACCUCGGGCCUUUCACCACCAAGAGCUCAUUUUAGUACAUCCCCACCUCACAUACACCAACCUACUUACCAGUUUCCCUCAUCUAUGAUGUCUCCACCCAAGAGUGACAGUGCUUCUCCAGGGAGUAGUCCGUCUCAUUUUUAUGACCCAUCAUCUCCUCAGAAGUUCUUUGGUUACUCAGAAGAAAUCUUUAGUCCUGUGGUGAGCGAAGAAUCAGACAUUGAUACUAAUUCAAACACCAGCUCAGAAAGUUUUAAUAGUACAGAUGGGGAAGACAAGGGGGUUAAUUUAGCAGGAGGUGGGACUAGGUCACUGAUGCAACAUGAUGAUGGGCAGCAAAGUGGAAUGUUGGCACAGGCAACAAGAAAAUUGACCCUGUCGAAAUGUGACACAGCAAAUUUGUCAAAACCUGAAGAUACUUCAUCUAUCCAUGUUGUCUCUGGAUCAAAAAUGGAAGUUGAGAAAACAGGAUCUGUAGCAGAGGUCAAAGGAACUACCAAGGCCAGCAACCAGUCACUGUACCCUUCACCUAGCCCAUCAACAUCCUGCUCCAGAAGUCCAAAGAAUCCUGUCCCUAGGGCUAUGAGAAUUCCUUCUUCUCCAAGGACGAGCUUUAGCUUUGAUCUCCCCGAUGGAGAGAAGACACCCACGAAACAACCCGAGAUACGUCCAAAGCGCAGACACGAGGAAGAAAACAUUUUGCUAAUCCUUCAAGAAGUGAUACUCCUUCACCAAAUCCCCUCAAUCAUGUAUAUCACUAAAGAGUGCUCAGUUGAGACCCUGCUUCACUUUGCAACUGUGGACACGGUGGCCAAAGACAGAGCCAAUGUGCUACUCAAGGAUAUACUUUCUUCCAGAUUAUUCUAUGACAAACUGAUGUCUCACAACAUUCCAUUUCUUGUCUAUAGGUCUCUAACAGCUAAAGAAAGACAAUGUAGAAGGAUUGAAAAUCAGCAACCUGCCAACAGGAUCAGAGGAUCCAUCGAUGAUAAAGACAAAAGUCUACAUGAGAGACAGCGGAGCAGGGUACAGGAGUAUCUUGAUAUCUUGAGGGACAUUGGUGAAAGCUCGUUUGGGCGAAAGGAGAUGGAACAUGUUCUGAGAGAACAACAGAAGGAAAGGAGACUUUCUGCAGCUUUGUCAUUGCCAUAUCUUUUCAGAUGUGAAAGAACACUUAGGGACCUCAUUGUGGAUUGUGAGAUAAUACAACAGAUGUUGAGUCAUUUUCAGGACCAGUCAUCCAAAGACUUGUUGAGGAAAGCAUGUCAUAGCCUAAGUCAUACAUCACGGUCAUUACUUCCACAAUGGGAGGAAUAUCGGGAUCAGCACUUCUCUCUUGACGCCCAGUCACCACCUGAUGAAGUCAUGAUCACAAAGACCAAUGAAGGUGAUAUGGCUAGUAGCAAUGAUUGGGAUGAAUGUCUCUACAUGGCUCAGGAACAUCUAAGCGACCUGGACCUUGUCUGCAAAGAUGGUGAAACCAUGAGGGCAAGUCGGCAAGUUUUGUCUGCAAGAUCUGAAUACUUUGCAUGUCUCUUGACUGGACAGUUCCUGGAAGCAGGUCAGGAGUCAGUAACACUGGGAAGCUUUCAAAUCAAGAGCCUGACCUGUGUAAUUCAUAGUCUGUAUGACUGCCACCCUCAACACUGCAGAACCCUUCGCAGCCUUAUCGGAGAAACAAUGGAAAGUCUUCUGGAUAUCAUUGCAGUGGCCAAGUUCUGCAUGACUUCAAAGAACAGUUUACAUCCGUCAGGAUCAUCUGAUUACUGUUUGUUAGAACAAUGGGUUACUCAUAUCGUACUCCAUCGCAGUUUGGUAGAUCGGACGGUGUGCCAUCUCGUAAACUUCGCCGCACUUCAUAACUGCCAGAAGCUCCUUGAAUGUUGCCUACUCUUUGUACUUUGUAGACGUUCUAGACUACGUAAACACCUCAGAGUUCUCCUUGCUUCACAACUUGGUGACCAGAUCAAACACUGUAUUGUUGAACUGUUCAAGAAUCCUUGAAUACAUAUCUUAGAGCAGAUCUUAGAGUUUGAUUUUUCAUCUGGCAUGAUUCUAAUAUACCACCUGUCAGUAAAUAAAAUGAAGGAGAUUCAGUUUAAUGGUAUUUUAGAGUUCUAUUUGAUUAAGGUAUAAUAAGCUUCAAGCCUUGAUAUAAAUCAAACACUGCAUUGUUGAACUGUUCCAGAAUCCUUGAAUGCAUAUCUUAGAGCAGAUCUUAGUUUGAUUUUUCAUCUGUCAUGAUUCUAAUAUACCAUCAGUAAAAUGUAGGAAAUUUAGUUUAAUGGUAUUUUAGAGCUUUUUAAGGUAUAAUCAGCUUCAAGCCUUUAUAUAAAUCUUAGUCCUAAAAAAUAUGACUUUUUAAACUGGUAAUAUUCAGUGUAAGCAAUCUGCCUGCACCCUCCCAAAAAAUAUAUCUGAUCUACAUGUAGGCUUUGGGAAAAUCAGACAAUGCAGGGUUCUGCAUUGAACAAGUCAUUUUUAUAAAUUCAUUUGUCCAUUGAAAGUAUAUAUGACACCAACAAUUGUGAAGAGCUUUGAGCAGAGCUCAUCAGAGCUAAAAUAACCAACACCACUCACUAAAGCCUCAUAUUGAGGGAACACCGUCAGUAAAAUUAAUAAGUCAAACAUGGUACCAAAUAAUCUGUUAAAGAUUAUUCAGAAUUCUAUUAAGAAUUCCUUAUCAAAUCACAUUCUCUUGACAAUGAAAUGUCAAUUACAUAUCAAUGGCAACAGAAUGGUAUAUUACUCAGCCUUUAACAAAUUGAAGUUAGUUGCUCUAAUGUAUUACUAGUAGCGUUGAACUAAUGAAAUUAAGAAACAUAAUUUACAAUGCAGAAUCUAUCAAAUCUAUCAUUGACAUUCGAAUUUGGUUCAGGUAACCCUAUUUUUUUCUCUCAUUUAUUCAUAUACAUGUAUUCUUAUGAAACAGGCUUGAAGGCAAAACAGAUAUUGUAGUAUGACAUAUAUGUAUUAUGAGACUUAUAUUAGAAUUCACAAUUACUACUGACAUUGUUUACAUCAUACAAAUUUUGAUUUUUUUUUUUAAGUUUUAUGUGCAUUCAUGCACAAUCUUUGAAUAUAUUUGUUAGAUUAGUUUUGAAAUUGUAUGUCAAAGGGCAUUAGACAAUUCAAUACAAUAUUGCUCUAAACAUUAAGUUUGAAGACAUGUUUUGUUUUGUUAAAGGGAAAGUAUACCCUUUUAAUGAAUGUUUGGGUAAAAUCAAUUAAUUAUUGACUUUAAUGAGUUAUAUACAAGCAGCUACACCUUAUGUCAUGGGAUUUAUUAUUUCAUAUAUUAAAUGCUCCAAUGAGAAACAUUUUUGCCCAUCAUGAACAAUCAAAUCAAGUUUGCAUAAAAGCAAAAAGAAGAAGUUUCAUGAAUGUUAUGUCACAAAAUCAAACCUUUCAAGCCUCAGAAUGAUUUUGAUCAAGCCUUUGUUUAUGUAUCUAUUCAAUAUUAAAUCAGAAUUGAUGUCAG